CAAAAGAGAAAAACCGCUAUAUAUAUAACUUAUCAAAAAGCCAAAGCGCGAGAAACCGAAAGCGAUUUGAGUGUUAUUCAGAGACUCAGAAAGAGAAAGAAAAAAAAGGUUUUGUUAAUUAACCGUAAAAUCUCGCCGCUAAAGUGCGACAAAUUUUUCGGAAUGGGAAGUGAAAACAAUACGGCGGCGAAAGGUGUACCGGCGACGGCGGAGAAUGUAGUGGCGACGGUGAAGGAGAUCGUUAACCGUACGGAACAAGAGAUCUAUGAUGUUCUUAAGGACUGUGAUAUGGACCCUAACCUCGCCGUCGAAAAGCUUCUCACUCAAGAUACGUUUCAUGAGGUGAGAAGCAAACGUGAAAAAAGAAAAGAGAUGAAGGAGGCGAUAGAUUCAAGGACAAGGGGUAAUAGUAUGGGGUUGAGUCGGGGAGGAAAAAUUGGCAUUGGCAAUGAUCCUGGUAUUCUGCAAAGUGGAUUAGCACAUGUGGCUUAUAAGGAAAAUGGUAAAGCAGUUGACAAGCAAGAGGUUGGGUCAGUUUGUACUUCAGUUAUAUCUUCCACAACUCAUGUUGUGGACAAAAGUUCAAAAACUGAUUCUUUUAAAUCCGAUAAUGGAAGACAGUCAUUAGGAAUAGGUGUCUCCAUGUCAGAUACUGCCCAAGUGUCACCAGGACCUCAACCCUGGUCGACAGGUGUGAGUAAAGGACAUCUUUCAAUGGCAGACAUUGUAAGAAUGGGCAGAACAUCUCAAGAUGCUGUUUCUCAUAACCAUUGUAAUUCCUUAGGAGUUUCAUCGUCUGGAAAUUCAGAGUCCAGUUUGAGUCUGCACUGUCAAAAUAGUUCUGAACAACAAGGUUUUCAUGAUGAGUGGCCUGUAAUCAAACAACCAUUCCCUGGAAAUCAACAAGUGCUAACGUCUUCAUCAAAUGCUAAUGGUCUAUUUGAGCAUCCUAACUUGCAUGGUACUGCUGAAAGUUUACACAGGAACUGUGAAUUAGAUGCAGCCCAAGUUUCACGGGAGGAGAUUACUAGUGGCAGUGCUAUUUCUGAAACAAUUGAAUCUGUUUCUGUAUCUAACAACACUGGACUAGGAUCGCAUGCCAACUUUAAUUUAGAGAAUACUCCUACCUCCAAUUUUCCUACUUCUGAUGAGCAUCAUGAAGGUGUGUCACCUGUUGUUUUGGAUCUCCAGCAGCUAAGUAUGGAAGAAUCCAAACUGGAAGUGCCAUCAUCUGAGGAUUCUUUAGUGGUUCUUCCAAAUCAUUUACAAGCCUUGGCUGCAGAGUGUUCACAUUUGAGUUUUGGUACAUACAAGGGUAGCAAUAACUCUUCAUCUUCUGCAAUUUUUGCACAUAAUAAUCUCUCUAGAAGUGGCUUAGAGAUGAACUCUGCAGCUGUAGAUGAUUCUUUGGCCCAGUUCCCGGAUGCCAGUUCUCUAAACCAUGGUGAUGAUCAGCGUGGAUUUGAUACUGUAAAGAAUGGUGGUGAACAGCUUGGAUCUGAUGUUGUUCGGCUAGGAACAUCAGUUGAUAAAAGUUUUGACUUUCUUUCAACUCCUUGGCAAGAGCUUGUGAAACAUACUGUUUCUGAGGAAACUCUUGGGCAUCAAUACAGCACUACAGCAUCUAUAUCAGAUCCUAGUUUGCAAAAAUCCCACUGGCCGACUCCUUCACUGCCUUUGAAGCAACCGGGCUUGCAGAGUGGAAGCCAUUCUUCAUUUCCGGGAGAACUGCAUAAUAAUUCAAAUUCAGCACCUCAAGAUUUGUUGGCAUUUCUCAUAGCACAAUCACAACGUGCAAGACAUGCUAAUGCAGAACCAUCCGUAAACAAUUUUCCCCUCUCGAUGUCUGAGGACAUGGAGCCAUUUGCUCUGCGUAACCCAUCUCUUCCUACUCAGGGCUGUACAGUACCUAAUAUACACUUUCAACAAUCGCGGCACAUGAAAGCAUAUCCUUCCCUACCCCAGAAUCAGUCAUAUUUAUCAACCAUUGAUUCACAGAGAGCAUUUUUAGACAACACUGCAUAUAAUCGAUUUCCUGCAAACAUGAAUUACAACAACCUUCCACAAAAUAGAAAUGAAUUCCUCAAGAGUAGAUUGCCUCCUUCCAUUGCCAGUGAUGCACAUGGUUAUGGAAAUCUUGACUCUUCCUUUUAUUGUCCUGGAAGCUUUCUUCCUAAUCCAUCUCUUGCUAAUGUGAAGCCCUCAAGUAACAUUAACGAGAUUUUACCUUCUCAAUAUAAUGGUGGAUAUAACUUGAGCUCUAAUCAACGGCAUGGUAGCUUUUCUCAAAGGGAUUAUGGGGCAAAGUCAAGAUCUUCAUUGAUCCAUGAGAAUACCCAGUAUACCUUCAUGGACCAACCGAGUCAGUCUUCCCUGUUGCAGCAGUAUGCAAGUCCUGGAUAUCCCGAUUUCUAUUAUUCUCCCACCCAGCUUCCGGAAAAACAUAAUCAAUCAGGUAGUGUUCAAGAUUUGUCACCCAGUCAAUUGCAUCAGUUUUGGCAGAAUAGUCACUAACAGUGCAGUCCUGCUCGUUUUUUUCUCCCUCUUUUUGUCUUGAGGAAUUAUCGUUGCAGGUUUAGGUGAAAUAGGGUGUUAUUAUUUUUCAUUUAGAUUUAGUUGCUAGAGCCUUAUUCAAUUGUACAUACUUUAGAGAGAAUGAACUCAUGCAGUUGUGGCAUUUGCAUUAAUUUUAUUAUAUUACUGGGUGUGUUUUUUGGUCACAUAUUAGUUAGAGAAAUAUAUUUGGUCAAUCAAAAAGAAUUGUAAUUCUCAAACUACAAGCACAAACUAAUAUAGACUAUGUAGUUUUAAUUA